AUGGACUUUGGAAUAUCUUCGAUUCUAGCCAAGGAAGCUGAUUCCCAGGCCCAAAGCCCCCUUUUUCAGCUAGCCCCCGAAAUCCGCAACCUCAUCUAUGCGUAUGUAUUUAUGGAUGAAGGUCUCGUUUCGACCAGCCAUAACUUCCGCAUCCACCAUCACCACGACGGCGACCCGGAUGAUGACGGCGCCUUGGACGACAUUUCAGACGCCUGUUUACAACCCAAUGCUGGGGGAGCCGUUGAAGAUAACGCGCAUACGUAUAGGCUCACCCCGAGACCCUCAAGCACGAGUGGUAGCGGGGGUGACGACGCAAACUACCGCACAGAUGAGGAAUAUGAACCAGGCUCGGGAGAGGAUUCCUCUAGCCUAGCGUCUGACGAGGAGGAGGAGGAAGAUCCGGAGUACGAUCCAGAGAACUGGGGCGACUUUAACAACAAUAUCCAAGCGGCUGACUUUAUAGAGAGGGGAGAAGACCCCGAAGUAUACCGGGCCUCGGACGUGGAGAGGCCCGGCGGCGGCCACUCGUCAAGGAUACACACCUCUUUCCUGCGGACCUGCCGCCGCGCGUACGCGGAAGCCCACCACCAAGUCCCCGACAACGUCGUGUGGCGGGCCUGGUAUUGCCGAGGACCCGUCCUCACCGCAGAGCAGCAGCGGAACCGCGAGCACCCGCACCACGUGCAAUGCCUGAAGCAGGCGCGCAGGAUCCACUUCUACAUGUACAUGUUUUGGGUCGAGAAACAGCUCUGCCGCGAGCUUGAGAUGAACCCGCAUUCGCCCCCGCAGCCCCUACCGCAGUCCAACCCCUGUUUGCGCGCGUGGAACAGUUUCGCCUUACCGUCCGUGGCCGGUUCUGGUUCAGCAGUCCCCCAAAACCUGUGGUUGGACCCUUUUGACUGCGAUAUUCAGUCGAAUCCGUCCCUCUUCCUGGCCCGCAGCGCCGAGUUUGGCUACGAUGCCGCGCCGGAACGACCCGACUAUGACUGGGCGCCGCCCUUCCCGUUUAAGCGUUUGGCGUGGGGACUUUCGUUUCUGCACAUGCCGAACCUCAAGGUUCUGACCGUCGACUUGGAGAUAAGCGAGGAUGAAAGGGCGGAGAUGGAGAUUAUUGCCGACUGGGCCGCCCGCACCUGGCGGUUUCCCCUGGGGCCCCGGGCGGAUGGGUGCACCUACCUCUCGACCCAGGGCAACCCGGUCCAGAGGAUGAACACCGCCAACUGGCUCCGGAUCCCCGUCUCCGACAUCGACGGCCUGACCCCCACACCCUGGGCAUGCGGCGGACCGGCCCCCAACCCGCAAACCAUUCUCCAGUUCCACCGCAACUGGCACUGCACGAACCCGGACCGCAGCAGCUUCAACUGGGGCCGCCGCUUCUUCGGCUUCCACAAGCAGUUCCUGCAGGGCUACGACCGCUACCUAGCCUCCAUCGGCGAGCCCUACAUCCAGAGCUGGGAAGCCGGCCCCGGCGCCCGCAUCGCCGAGGACAUUGUCGGCUGGCACAACGUGAACCACGGCUCCAUCUCCUCCGCCGGCGGGUGCGGCCCUGGCUGCAGCGUCGAGUCGAGCCCCGCCCUGUGCGGAGACAUGGCCUGCCCGGCCAUCUCACCGCGGGACCCCAUCUUCUACCGCUACCACCACAUCUUUGACGAUAUCCAGGACGCCUGGCGCACUCACAAGCCCACCGACAUCGCCAUCGUCCUCGACCGCUCCGGCAGCAUGUCCAGCCGGUCCCCGCGGCGGCACCAAGCUCGAGGCCGCCAAGACCGCCGCCGCCCUCUUCGCCGACCUCCUCGAGGACGGCUCCAACCACCAGCUCGGCAUGGUGUCCUUUUCCACCCGCGCCAGCACCCCGCCGACAUGCCCCUGACCAGCGUCGCCAACGCCCCCGCCGCCUUGCAGCAGGCUUUGGCCGGGCUCUCGGCCUCGGGCACCACCAGCAUCGGCGACGGUCUGAUCAAGGCCCAGGACCUCAUCGCCGCCGGCUCCCGGGAGAGAAAGGCCAUCCUCCUCCUCAGCGACGGCAUGGAGAAUUCGUCUCCGACUAUCGCCAGCGCCAUCCCCGCUCUCGGCGACACCCACGUCUGCUCCGUGGGCUUCGGCUCCGCCAGCCAGCUAGACGGCGCCAAGCUCCAGAGCCUCACGGAGCAGCAGGGUGGCAUCCACAUCAGCACCCCCGAUGACCUCGAGCUGCGCAAGUUCUUCGUCUUCUGCUUCGCCAACAUCUUCGACACCUUUUCCGUCUCCGACCAAAAGCUCGUCUUCGUCCUCAGCUGGCGCAACUCCACCUCCGCUAACCGUCUCCGCCUCUCCAUCACCUCGCCCUCCGGCAGCGUCGUCGAUCUGAGCGACGCAGCCUCCGGCGUCGAGAGCAAGGUCGGCCAGUCGUGGCACAUUGUCCGCCUCAACCUCCCCCAUCUCGGCGAGCAGGACGGGCCCUGGACCGCCCGCGCCGUGCGCCCCGUCCACAAUUUCGUCAACGGCUUCACCGCGCAGUCCUUUGACGACGUCGACGCCGGCACCGCCCUCGUCAAGAACGAAAUCGCCGCCCUCUGCCACGGCGGCUGCAACCGCACCCUGUACUACGACGACGUGCGCGAGGGCAGCGAUCUCUUCGCCGACCACGUCUCCCCGUACUCCGCCGCCGUCUACUCCCAGCCCCUGCUAGCCGGUGAGAUUGUGCGCGUUAACGCCACGGAGCUGGACCGCGUCCUCCGGAGCAAGCAAACAUUUGACCUGCUCGUCUACAGCUCGCAGUACGCCCGCGAUAAGCAGCCCUACGACGCCUCGCUCGCCGACGCCCUCUGCCAGCGCCGGUUCAAGAGCAUCGUCAGCGAUAAUCGCGACACCGAGGCCGCCGCCAAGAUCCUCAACUGCGCGGGAGCCGUGCGCGGCCGCCUCACGGAUUUCAAGUCCAUCUCGCCCCGCUCCUCGCAGCUCCUCGACGGCACCUCGAGCCUGUCGCCGGCUAACGGCACCGUGCAUGGCUCGUUUGAGAUUCGGCCCGCGCAGGGCGGCAACUCGACAGGCACUACCGUUCAGGCUGUCUUUGACGGUGGUGCGGCAGCUGUUCUCGCCAUCGGUGAUGUAGGUGUAGACGAAGAGUACUUCAUCACCGUCCUCACCCGCUCCGUGAGCAAGGUCAAGCCCUUCCUCUACCGCAACAACACCUACACCAUGGAGCCCCUCCACCCAACCUUCCACAUCCCCGCCACCCACAGACCCGACUGCGGAUACAGCCGCGUCGAAGCCUCCGUCACCAUCACCCGGCCCCUCGCCAGCAUCUCCAAGCUCCUCUACGACGCCUCCCGCGCCGCGCCAGGAAGCGCGCUGCCAGCCAACGCCGACGACCUCGACGCCAGAGGUUUGGCCGCCGCUUCACUCGGCCCCGACGCCAUCCCCACAGAGACGCGGUCCUUCCGCCUCUUCGACGACGGCACCAACGGCGACACCACCGCCGGCGACCACUACUGGGAGGUUGCCCUGCCCGCCGACUACACCCAGUUCGACGGCGAGUACCAGCUGCACGCGUACUUUACCCUGUGCCAAACCUCGUCGUGCGGCAAGGAGACUUGCGUGCGCCGCGAGGCCCAGCAGACCAUUACCGUCCAUCCCCGUCUUCAAUCCCAGUGCGAUUACCAGGUGGACAAGAACCCCGGAGGUGGGUACGGCGACGCGAGGACCAUUACGUUUUACCCCGCGACGUUUGCGGAAACCCGCUCGUCCGGGUGUGGUGGCUACCACGCCAACGUUACAGUGUCGGCUGGGGGUGGUAAGAAGUAUGUGACUGUUGCGCAGUAUGGCCGCCCUUCCGACGUGAUCAAGCUUUAUCUAGAUUAG